AUGGAUAAUUAAGAAUAGGUUUUAAUAGUUAACGCUACUUAAUUAUAAUCUGUUCAAUCCUAAUUCGAAUCUAUUAAUGAAAAACUUGCUUAGCUCAUUCCAAAAGUAACAAAUCAUUAUAAACUAGAAAAAAUAUAAACAAAUCUAUUAAUUAUUGUCAAAAUUCUUUGAUCGUUAUGAUCAUUCUAAUUAAAUUCAUUUGAAUGACAAAAUUUACUUUUAAAAUAUUCUGCUUAAAGCUUUAAAUAAGAUAUUUUAUAAAUGUAUAUUAAAGGAUAUGUCACGUAAAAAUAUUAUCGACAUUAAAAUAUGGAAAUAGAAAAUAGUUAAAUAUUUAGAAAUCUAUCCUGUUCUUAUAUCUAAAUUAACUUCAAAUUUUGAUAUGGUCUAAAUUGAAACUAAACAUAGUUUAAGAGACUAAAUUAGAAACUCUAUGUUGAAGGAUAAAUUAUAAUAGCAAAUUCAUAUCACUAAUAAUAAUAAUACAAAACUUAAAUUGAAUUAAAUAGUGACUAAUUUUUGUUUAGAAUAAGAAUAUGAUAGCUAUUUAUAAAAUAUUAUGGUUUCUUUUAGACUUUUAAGUUAUUAGGAUUUUAAACCAUAAGAAAAAGGCAAAUAUGCAAAAUUGUCUUUUGAUAUCAGUAAAAUUUUACUUUAAGGAAAAGGAAAAAGAGCUUCAAAAUUAUCUCAAUACAUUUUAUGUGCUACUAAUUUAUUAAUUAAAAGUUUUGAGAAUAAUAAUGAUAUGGUUCAUGAAAUUUUAGAAGAAGUUAAUUGCUCAAUAACUAUUAAUUAUUUAAUAUAUUUAGUAUAAUAAUAAGAUGCAAAUAAUGAUUUUAAGAGAAAACUUAAAUGUAAAUGGAAAUUUAUGAAAUUAUUAAAGCCAUUAACUUGGUUUUGGAUGCAAUCUAUAUAUUAUUAUUAAUCAAUUUUUAAAUUUGAAAAAUGUUAGGCUAUAAUGACAUUAUUGAAAUGGUUAAGCUUUUAUUAUCUUCUCUAAAAUGAUGAAUUAGCUAAUUAUAUUUAAAAUGUAUCCUCAUUAACAUAUUCUAAAUACAAAGAAUUUAUUAUAUUUAAUUAAGUAAUAGAAUCUGUUUGUUUAGAUGAUGAUGUAGGAAUGCCAAGAUUAAAAAGAUUAAUGAGAGAAAUUUAAGAAUAAAAUUAAGAAAAAUAGUAAUAUAAACAAUCAGUUAAUUAUUAUUAUAAUGUUAAUGAUAAGAAUACUUCUUUUUAACCAGAAUUUUAUUACUGUACUCCUUAAAUCAAAGUUUAAAAUUAAUAAAAAAAAAACACAGAUGCACCAUUUAUUGAUGUUCCUAUUGAAAAUCUAAGUUCAAUGGACACUCGUUAAUCCAGUAAAACUUUAAAAUGUCCAAAAAGAUUGAAUACAUCAUUUAAUUAAAAUGUGUAAAAAUCAUUUCGUGGUUCAAUAUCAUAAUUCUCAACAAGUUUUUCUGAGAAAAAGAAUUAGUCUUUAUGUGGAAAUAAUUAAUAAGGUCAAUAAAUUUAGUAAAAUACAGUUCCUAUGCUUGAUAAAAUGAUUAAAAAAUUAAUUGAAGAAAAAAUAGUUCUUGAUAAUAUAGAGUAAUUUAUUAUUAUAUUAUAAACAUUAGAGAUAAGAAAUUUCAGUCACAAUAAUUAUUAAGCAAAGAGAAACUGUAAUAAAAAGAAAAUGAUUUCUAUAAAAAGUUAUUAAAAUACAAGACAUAAUUUUCAAAAUUUGUAUCACCUGUCAAAAUGAAAUCAAAUUAAGAAGUGAUUACAAAAUAAGAUCUAUAAAUGAGAAUAAUUGAUAGAUAAACAUUAGUUGAUUCUAAGAAUUCUUAAACUCUUACAUUUUAAACAAAAUAAAAUGAUUAGGAUACAUCCUUAUUAUCCUUUGAAAAACCAGGAGUUUAAUUAGGUCCACUUUAAAAAUUGAAGAAAAUCAUAUUUAAACAUCCUGAAGUAUUUUCUCUUCAAAAAUUAAGGAAUAAACUUAAAUCAUCAAAAAAAUGGUACAAUAAAGCAAAUUAAACUAGAAUAUCAAAUACAAGUAUAUAUUUAUAUAAUAUAUAUAUAGGAAGAUCAGUAAUGUCAUAAAAAUCAAAGGAUUAACAAACUACAGAUCUUACUUAAUUAAGAGAUAGAUCUUAGACAUAAUUAAGGAAAAAGUUGAGUGAGACUUAAUUUCAAUUAGAAGCAUUAGAUAAGGAAAUGAGGAGUUAUAGUGUUAAAAUAAAGUAUUCUAGAUAAAAUAUGGAUUAACCUUUGUAAUUAGACAAUAAAUAUCAAAUUUUAAGUAGAUCUACAAUCAAAUAAGAGAUGAGUAAAAAAUAAAUUUGA